AUGGCCCACCUCAACGUCGCCGUUUCGAUCGUUCUUGUUGCAUUACUCUUCACUUCCACCUUCGCUCAAUCUCCUGCACCCUCACCGGCUUCUUCUCCUAAGGUUUCUCCAUCUCCGUCUGCAUCAUCACCGCCACCAUCCUCCACCACCGCUCCUAUGUCUGCUCCACCACCGGCAGAAACAACCACUCCACCCGCUCAAGCUCCAAAGACCAGUACUACUACUCCAGCACCGACUCCGGCUAAGGUUCAGUCUCCUCCUUCUCCGCCACCUUCAGAGGCUUCUCCUCCUGCUUCCGUUAUCUCAUCCCCGCCGGCUGACGCUCCAGGUCCUGGAGUAAACGGUGCCGUGUUGAAUAGAAUUUAUGGUGCUGGAACUGUUGCUUUUGGUCUCUUCGCUGCCGUUUUGGUCAUGUUGACUAAGGUCAGUGAGUAUGUUGGUGGUGGUUAUUCUGUUAUUACGGUUAUUGUUAUGGAUUAUGCUUACCUAUUGGCUAUGGCUAAAGCAAACCAAGUGUUUAUUGGUAUAGUGACUAAAUAUUUCUAG